CCAUCUCUUCCCUCCCUCUGAUCCGCCCACGGGCUCUCGCACCCCCACAGCCGGCGGAGCAGCAGCGCUGACGGGCAUCUCCCUCCCUCCAUCCCCGUCUCUCAUUCAGUCUCCGCUCCACCGUCAACCGAGCGGUCGCCAGCUCGUCCUCGCCGCAGCCGCAACCUCGCCCGGUGUGUGGUGGUGCCAAUUGUCAGCUUCAUCAUGGUGAAGGCCGGGUACAGCUUCUCCGACAAGCCACUGAAGGAGCAGGGAGCAGACGAUGGCUUUGAUAACAUCCCCCUGAUCACUCCGCUGGAUGUCAACCAGCUAGAGCAGCCCCUUCCUGAGAAGGUGGUGGUGAAGACUCGGACCGAGUACCAGAUCCAGCAGAAGAAGAAGAGGAAGCUUCACCUCCCCGGCAUCAAGAAGCUCAACAUCAACUUCUACGCCGAGUUCUCUGACAAAGUGAAGCUGACAGGGCUGAUCCUCAUCACCAUGGCCUUCCUUGCCUGCCUCUUGAUGCUGGUCAUGUACAAGGCCUUCUGGUACGACCAGCUAAGCUGCCCUGAAGGAUUUGUAUUUAAGCACAAGCACUGCAGUCCGGCAGCACUGGAGAUGUAUUACUCACAACAGGAGACUGGACCAAGGGGAAGCCUCCACACCGUCAUUAGCCACUUAAGCCAGGCCAAGAGAACCAUCCCCAAUCUGUCCUCACCAUGGCUACCAGUGCUUCCUGCCUUGAAAGCACCAGCGAGAUCAAAGGACCAGCUGGACGCCCCUCAUCAUUAGAGGAGUCGAGAGGGAGAACACCUUAAUCUCUUCUUGUUUAUUGAAGUACUCCAGUAUUAUAUAAAUCUCCUUGCCAGGAGCCAGGCUUUCUAUUGGGGAUGUGUGUGAGUGUUUGUGUGAAUGCCUGAGUCUGUGAGUGUGUCUGUGCAAUAAUAUAGGUGUGUGCACUGCACACGCAUAGUGUGUGUGGUCAUUUGUUUCUGUCUGUGCAAUAGUGUGCAUGAGAGAGUGUUCAUCUUUGUGUGUGUGUGCGUGUGCGCAUGCGUGUGUGUGUUUGUCUGUGUGUAGUUUUGUUUACCCGAGUCUGGGGUAUCAGAGAGACACACAGAGAUGGGGAGAGAACCACAAUCAAAUCAUACAAUAUAAUUAACUUGGUUAGUUUGCCCAGUUAAUGUUGGGGUCAAAGUGAAGGUUAAUGUGGCCAGUCAUGUAUAAUCCAACCCGACUGAGCAGAACUGAACUGUAAAUGCAUUUUCAUCCAAAUCAGCUUCAGGGACCAGGUUUAAGGGCCUGUGGAAUACAUUGUGCAAUCCUGCAAUGUAAUGAGGCCACAGUUGCUCCAUUCUAACUUCGGCCCGAAACUUUGCCUAUUUCCUUCGCUCUAUAGAUGCUGCUGCACCCGCUGAGUUUCUCCAGCAUUUUUGUGUAUCUUUGGUCCAUUCUAACUCCUGCUAGCUACUACAAUGCUCGCUAGUAUUUCUGUGAUGGUGUUGUGAUUAUUUCCAUUGUUGCACCAGACUCCAGUUCCCAAAUGCGAUUGGCUUCCUCCUUCUCCCCGACCCAACAGCAGAGUUCUUGUUCUCUCUUCAGAGUCCCGCAGUUAGAGCAGGAAGGGGUGCCUGAAUUAAAGGGCCUGAUCAUCAGGGUUACAGCUGAGGAAUGAUGAGGUGAUUCACAGAUGCAGCCUCACAUUAACAGGCAAACAUGUAGAUUUCUUGCAGCUCUGCACUGGUGAUGGAACCAAAUGUUGGUCAGAGCCGUGGGUCAGUCUGGCAACAAGGAGGGGGUAACUCGCUUGGACAACGGCGUGGAUGGCAGAUGGAUGGAAUCCCCACAAUGCAGAUACUGGGUGACGAGUAUGUGAACAAUGACGAUUUAAAUGCAUAAUGUUAUUUGCUUAUUUAUCUCCCCCCCUUCUAGUUUCCCACCUACCAGGCCAGCAUACUAUUGCUCUUGUACUUGUGACAUGCAUUACUCCUGUACCUACACUGUAGCCCAGUGCCAGGAUCGCCGAGAGUUACCAUCUCUGGAAUCGCCAUGCCUAUCACCGUUAAAACUGUCUUGAUUUACAGUAAUAAUGAAAUGUGAUUUGUUCUCUGUGGUUUACGAACAAUUUUGGUCUUCAGUAAUUGUAAUUGAUUUUAUGUCCAGUUUCCUGCAGUCACAAUGUUUGAUUUACACAUCCUUGUGACCGGGUUCAUAUCAGGGUGUCAGAGCAGAGGCAAACAGAGGGAUAAUCUUUCCACUCUGAGGGCAGUGUUUAUCUGGAUCGAUCUGCCAGAGGAAGCUAUUGAAGAACAUAAUAAUACAACUUGUAAACAACAUUUGGAUAGAUGUGUGAAUAGGAGGGGUUUAUGAGCCAAACACAGGCAAACUAGCCCAGUAUGCCAGCAUGGUCAGCAUGGACAAUGUGGGCCGAAGGGCUUGUUUCCAUGCUGUACAACUCUGACAAUGUUGAGACACCCACCAGUAGAUCCACAGGAGGAGGGACUGGGCAAUGGAGAGACUGAAUGGGGCAGGUUCUCUGCCAGUAGGGGAAAGUAAAGGACAUAUUCUGUCCGGCUUGUCCAGCAUAGUGGUGAGGGAAGAGCAGUAUCCAAUGCACUUGACAGUUUUUCACAGCAAAGGAUCUAUCAGUCUGAAGAAAGGUCCCAUCCCGAUACAUCAUCUAUUCCUUCUCUCCAGACAUCACGCCUGUCCCACUGAGUUACUCCAGCACGUUGUGUGUUUUUUGUUUUUCUCAGAGUCCUGAGCAAUAGGGCAGACAGUUCAGCCCUGCCACUGACCACUGACCACUGACCACUGCCUUCCCAUUGCAAAAUGAGUAGAUUCUACAGAGUUGGGUAGAUGCACAAAGCUCCUUCAAGCUGCCCGGAACAGUGAUACUUGGAGUUCAGCAGCAGACUGGGCAAAGCAGAUCCCCCCCCCCCCCCCCCCCCCCCUUGUCUCUGGAGGCUGGCUGUCCCAGGAUACACUCAGACUAACUAGCAGACCUAAGGAGAAAUGUGGCAGGCCGUGUUGACUGGGUACCUUCAGGCGAUCACUGUGUUUUAAGGGCACGUAGUUUAAUCCAGCUCUAGGGUGGGGGGGGGGGGGGGGGGUGGGGGGGGGGAGGUAUAUGAGAACACAGAACACAAAUCUGCUCCAAGCUUCCACCUUGCAUUGUAGAUUACCACAGUUGAGGAUUAGGUAUCACCUGCUCAGAUGUGUCAAGAAUGACACAAAAAGCUGGAGUAACUCAACCGGCCAGGCAGCACAUCGGGAAAAAGGGAAUAGGUGAUGUUUCAGAUUGAGACCCUUCCUCAGACUUCUCCAGAGAUGUUGCUGGGAUACUCCGGCAUUUUGUAUCCAUCUUCAGUGUAAACCUGAAUCUGAAGUUUCUUCCUGCACACAGAUGUGAGGAGUCAGUCUCACUGGACGGAUGUGUGAAUGGGAUCACACUAGACAGAUGUGCAGAUAGGAUCACUAGACAGAUGUGUGGAUGGGAUCAUACUGGGCAGAUGUGGGGAUUGUCUCACUGAACAGAUGUGCUGCAGGGUGCCUGGAACGUGAUGCAGCUUGCAGCAGAUGUGUGGCGCUGGUCUGCAUGUCGGUGUGACCUGCUGUGCCACUAAUGCGAUCCCCUCUUCCUGUCACAUUCACUUGUGAGAAGCAGCACAGGAGCUGACAGGUUUUUAAUUAAGUUGCUGCAGGUCGCCUUUGUUUGUCUAAAAAUCUAAUGAGACGUUGCUUCUAAUAAGUGUAGUGAAUGUUGUAAUACUGUUGUGAUGUCUCAGUCAGCAAUCGUCUUAGCACCAGCCAAUGUUCACGGUGUGACUCUGUUAAUUUAGCUUGUAUGUAUUUAUAGAUCUUGUGAGUUGGGCAUUGCAGCCUGACUUUGGAGUGUUUUAAGUGCCAAAUGGAGAUUAUGAUUACCUGCUUUGAAACCUAUAAAAUAAAUGGACUGAUUUCUCUUCA